AUGUCCCAAGUUUGCAGCGCCGCUAUCCUGGUGUAUGACUACUUUUUGACUUUGCAGGACGAGGUUCAAUACGUGUGGCGCACCCACUGGUGCCUCGGGAAGGUGUUGUAUUUGGCCUCGAAAUAUCUCAUCCUCGUUGUCUUCCUGGUGGAGCUACACUGGAUUACCAGCCGCAACGUAUCUGAAGCAGAGUGCCGGAUCUUCAACACGAUACUUCACUACAGUUAUCUCCUCGCCGUGAUAGCGGCAGAAAGCAUCAUGACGCUCCGAGUAUGGGCUCUGUGGCAUCAACGUCUUUGGGUAACGAUCAUGCUAGGCUGUUUGUGCGUUGUUGGAAUAGUUCUCGGGUUCAAGGAUAUGUCCACAGGAUACCAUAACGAUGUCUAUUUGACAGAGUACGCAAAGACCUCGCUUUCGUAUCCUGGUUGCGCAACUGCCGGGCACGAUCGUACGACAUCAGCGACCUCCUAUAUCACGGUAUUGACCUAUGAGACCGUUGUGUUCGUAUUGAUGGCCGUCGAUGGUGUUCACGUCUAUUCGUCGAUCCCCAUCUCCUCCAUGAUGUAUACUUUUUACGAGGAUGGACUUAUAUACUACGCUGCCCUGUUAGCCAUAUCUAUCGUCAACACGAUCGUCGGCCUAACUCAGCCGACGGAGUAUAUCAACUUGUUCCUCCCGACGCAAGUUGCUCUUCAUUCCGCGCUUUCGAGCCGGUUGUUCCUUAACCUUCGUCAGAGUUUAGAUGGAGAUGUUGGCGACGCCCGCCGAAUUGACAUCAGAACCUUUGAGGGGGUUACAAGUAGGACUCUUACUACUUCGGCCAUGAGGUUCGCGGUAGGCAACGACGGCAACGACGAUGACAAUACUAGAGUUGUAUGA